CUUUAGUCUCUGCACGAGUUCCCUCGGAACGACGAUAUUGAAGGUUGAAAACAAAAAAAAAAAAGGGGGUCUAUAUAAGAACAUGGAGCCUCUCAUCCUCUCUCAAGUGCUUACUAGUUAAGGAUUUAAUGGCGAACACACUUUUCUUUGUUUCCCUUUCCCUCACUAUCGUUAGUGCUUUUUCAUUCCUUCCAUUCCUCGCGCAUGCGAUCUCUUCUUGCAAUGGCGCAUGUCGUACCCUUAACGACUGUGCUGGCCAACUCAUUUGCAUCAAUGGCAAGUGCAACGAUGACCCUGAUGUCGGGACUCAUCUAUGCUCUGGAGGUAGUGGCCAGCCCAGCGAGGGGACUUGCCAAUCCUCAGGCAACCCCACGUGUGGAGGCCAAUCCCACAUUCGGUACAAGUGCUCACCCCCAGUGACAUCCUCCACCCCUGCCCAGCUCACACUCAACGAUUUCAGUGAAGGCGGUGACGGCGGGGGGGCAUCAGAGUGCGACGGCCGUUACCAUAUGAACAGUCAUCGCAUUGUCGCACUAUCAACAGGGUGGUAUAACCAUGGAUCUCGAUGUGGGAAAAUAAUCAGGAUUACGGCUAAUAAUGGAAGAAGUGUGAACGCUAAGGUGGUAGACGAGUGCGACUCUAUCAAUGGGUGUGAUAAAGAGCAUGCGUAUCAGCCACCAUGCAGGAAUAAUAUUGUCGAUGGGUCGAGCGCUGUUUGGGAUGCCUUGGGACUGAAUAAGGAUCUCGGCCCCGUGGAUGUCACUUGGUCUAUGGCGUAAAACUAGUUACUUUAGAUCAUAUCGUAUUAGUAAAAUGUACUAAGACAUAAAAAUAAAUAGAACUUUAAAGUCCAGAUGCUUAUAAGUACGUAAUUGGCUUCAAAGAUAUUGUAUUUGCGUGUCGUUAAUAAGUGAAUAAGUUUUUUCCUUUGUGUCU